AUGAUUCAAUAUCCUAUAGACGCAUCUUUAAUUAGGGACCAUCUGUACCAUGAUACAAAAGAUAUAGAUAUUGUAUUGAACCCCAACAAAUUCUAUCAUGACAGUGAAUUCAAAAGUGAAAGAUUAUAUGGGCUAGGGUAUUUCAAUUAUCAGUUUCAAAUUAAUGAAGAAAUUUAUAAACCUGAUUUUUCGGAUAAACUAAGAGGCAAAAUAUAUGACAAUUUUCCCAAAUAUUUGAUAAUUUUUUCCAUUUUUGUCUUUCUCUGGAUCUACUAUUUCAUAUUCAACUGGCAAUUAAUUAUUUAUUCAUUGUCCAAAUUACCUCUUUUGAACAGAUAUAUUAAAAAAUCAUAUAGAGAUAUUGAUACCAAUAUUUAUAGUCAUAGUCAUGAUGAUCGUCACAAUUAUAAUUCUGAAAAGAUUAACCAUGUUAAUAUGGAAUUAGAAUAUCAUUACAUUAAAUCCUAA